AUGACCUCGCUGGUGCGCAAGCUCACGGCUCUGUUCUCCUCCAACAAUACGAACCAACAACAGCAGAAACCUGAGGCCAAAGUUGAUGAAGGCGAACCGGUGGCCACCGACCCUGCAGCCGAAGGCCGCGACGCGAAGAGGGAGAAGGAGGACACUGAAGCCACGCGAGCGGAGAAGGAAGAUACGGUGAACGACAAAGGUGAAGGUAACAGCGAGGAAGAAGGAACACAGGCCGGGUACUCUUCGCCGCUGCGUGCUGGGUCGGGUACUAUUGAGACCGACAACGCGAGGGAAGGGGAAAACGAGGAGAAGAAGGCGAGCGCGGAAGAUGAACCACGAGUUAAGGGGGCUGGCGCCAAAAGAACGAAGCAGAAAAAGAAGGUGACGCUGCGGACCGCGGACGGAACUAGAACAACAAAUAACGAAAGCGACGAAAAGAAGGCGAGCGGAACCGCUGCGGCCGAGCAAAGGGAGCGGCGGCCGACGCUGGUGGGCCGUCUGCGGACCCACUCGCUGGCCAACAUCUUCAAGCUGGUCAGCGCCGAACCGGCCGCCGAGCAGGAGGGUGCCCUGCUCGACCCCGCCGAUGCUGAAGGCCCGGCCGAGAGGGACGGUCUUCUCUUCAAGGAGGGCGGGCAGUGGAAGACGUGGAAGCAGCGGUGGUUCAUCCUCAAGAACGCCAAGCUCUUCUACCGCGCUGCCGACAGUACCAAGCUGCUGGGCAAGAUCGACCUGUUGAACGCCAAGCUGUCCCUCGAGGAGCGCUACACCAACCCCGAGUUUGAGAUGCGAACGUGUCUCGUGAUCACGUGCAGGGAGGCCACACGCGGAAGCGGCGGCGCCGUGUCGCCGCGUAAGCAGGUGGUCCGCAAGUACUACCUCUUCGCCGAGGCGUACUUCGCCACGGGCAAGUGGCUCGAGGCCAUGAAGCUCAGCGUGGCGCGCGUCGCCCGCGAGGAACGUCGUCGGAUGCGGGCCGAGAGCUGCGAAGCCGCGAGCGGAGGCGGCGGUCGAGGCGACGCUGGCCUGACCAGCAGCGGCCGCCUGUGGACGAGCUCGACACUCACGCCGACGGCUCGCCGGCCAGACGGCGCAAAGAACGAAGAAGAGACGACGACGAGAGGGAACGAGGAAGAAGAGCAGGAAGAGAAGAACGAGCCAGCGGAGCAAAGGGAAAACGAGGAGAACACACCAGAAGCACCCGCGGAUGCGUCGAGCGAGCCUGUAACCAUACCGAUGCGCCUGCAAAUCCUUCUAUUUAGCACACAGGCGAAUGGUCAAUACUAA